GCUGCAAGCGUUGCAGCCCUGCGAUGGUGUGUGUGCCUGCUGAGUGUGUCUGUGUGCUCAUCUGCAACCUGAGUCCUAUAGUGAAUAAUGCAGAGCAGAGCAGAGCAGUGUGGAUAGCAGCUGAAUGAAUAAUGCAUUGUGCAAGUUUACUAGCGCUGCUGUUAGCUUAGCUAGAGCUGGAAGGAAGGAACCUGUGGCUGCCUCUGUCAGUCUCACUGGCUCUGACUAUCUGACUGACUGACUGGUACAAGGAGAAUAUGUCCCACUACCAUUUUCUCAAAUGCUGUUGUUUUCAGCUAUGUAACGUGUUUCGUCAGAACAUGGAGAUCGACCAGUGUCUGCUGGAGUCUCUCCCGUUUGGCCAGCGCCAGCGGCUGGUCAGGAGGAUGCGCUGCGACCAAAUAAGAGCAUACUACGAGCGGGAGAAGACCCUGCAGAAACCGGGAGGAGGGGUCAAGGUCAAAGCCCUGCCCACCAGCCACAGGAAGAGGCACCGCAUUCGUUUCAGCCUCGGUGACAUCAUACAGGAUGCCAUCAUACGCCAUGACGACAAAGAAGUGCUGCGUGUACUGAAGGAGAGAGCUGACCCCAACACUCCUAUUUCCUCUGGAGGAUCUCUUCUACAUCUGUGUGCUCGUCAUGACAACGUGUUUGCGGCGGAGGUUCUGAUUGAGCAAGGGUUAAACGUCAACCUGCAGGAUGAGGACCUCUGGACAGCCCUGCACACAGCGUGUGUGUGUGACCACGCCGACAUGGUGCUGCUGCUAUUGCUGACUGGGGUGAAUGUUCUACUUCAGGAUGUGAACGGAAACAUUCCGCUGGACUACGCCACUGAGGGAACCGAGACCAGCUACAUCCUCCGAAAACACCUGGAGGAAAACGGUGUAGAUGUGACGUCCAUGCACACCAUGCGUACCCAGAGGCCCAGCACCAUGUUGUCUGAUGUUCGACAGCUGGUCUCCAGCGGGGGCAGUCUCAACCAAUGCAACAACGACGGGGUCACUCUGCUCCACAUAGCUUGUGCUAGUGGCUACAGGGAGGUGGUGUCUGUGCUGCUGGAGAACGGGGCGGACCCUCAGCCCUCCGACAAUGGCUAUUGGACACCUCUCCACCUGGCUGCCAAAUAUGGACAGAUAAGCAUUGUUAGCCAGCUGCUGAAGCACAGAGCAGACCCAACUCUCCUGAACUGCAACCAAGACAAGCCCUCAGCCAUAGCAGCAUCCGACCCCAUCAUGGCUAUGCUGCUGAGAGCAGAGGAAUGCUGGGUAGAGAGACUGAAGGACCCCUCUGUCCCCCCGCCCCCUACAGACGAGCGCUACGAUGGAGGCGCACACGACCACACCAUCCCCGUCAAGAACCUCACCCCCCUAUCCAUGUCCCUCUCUAAGAGGGACAGUCUGUUGGAGAAGUGUGCCAUGUUCAGGGAGGUGGGAGUGGGGCUGAGCAGACAACUCUCACUGGACAGCGGUCUGAACGGACCCACAGCACCCAGCAAACUGGAGCAGGUGAAGCUGAUGCCUCCGGCGCCUAAUGAUGACCUGGCGUCUCUCAGUGAACUCACAAACAGUAGCCUGCUCUACGAGAUGCAGAAACGCUUUGGCAAUGACCAGAUUUAUACCUACAUCGGGCACAUUCUCCUCCUGGUCAAUCCUAACAAAGAGCUCCCCAUCUACUCUACACUGGUGAGUCAGUUGUAUCUGAGUUCUUCUGGGCGUCUGUGCUCCUCUCUGCCUCCUCACAUCUUCUCCUCAGCAGAGAGGGCCUACCACAUGAUGCUGCAGGAGCGACGCCCGCAAUUCUUCAUCCUCAGUGGGGAGAGUGGUUCUGGGAAGACAGAGGCUUGUAAACACAUAGUGAGACACCUGGCAGUGAGGUCCAGCCCCAAAGGCUUCUCUCUUGAGCCCAGGAUGAAGCAUGUGAACUGUAUCCUGGAGGCAUUUGGUCAUGCCAAGACUCCCAUGAAUGACAACUCCAGUCGCUUCAUCAAACUCCUCAGCUUGCAGUACUGUGACAAGAGAAAGACACUACUCAGAGCACGGAUAUACACAUACAUGUUGGAGAAGUCCCGUGUGGCCUACCUGCCUCGUCAGCAACACAACUUCAACAUAUUUUACCUGAUGGCUGAGGGCCUGUCGCCUGAAGAGAAGAGUGCCCUGUACCUCAACAACGUCCUGUCUCACAGGUACCUGAGUGCAGGUGUUCCAGCAGGAGACUCCCCUCCUGUGGCCUCAGCCUCAAAUCAGAGUAGAAACUGUCUCAUUGCAAUCAAACAGGCCCUCAGAGCACUGGGCUUCAACAAACUGGAGGUGGACAGUGUGUUUAUGCUGCUGUCAGUGGUGCUGCAAGUUGGGGACCUGAGCUUCAUAUCACUGACAGAUGCUGAGACCGCCUACCCCUCCAAUCUGCAGCUGCUGGAGCGAGUGUCUGGAAUGCUACAGGUGUGUUCUGAUGACCUGAGUUCUGCCCUCACCUCUGAUGUGCAGUACUUCAAAGGUGAUGUCAUCACACGGCGCCACACGGUGGAGAUGUCACAGCACUUCAGAGACCAGCUGGCUAAGGCCCUGUACGGACGCCUCUUCAGCUACCUGGUCAACAACAGCAACUACUACCUACAGGGACAGGACGACAGCACGGGAGAUCCUGCCCUUGAGAUUGGAAUCCUGGACAUCUUUGGAUUUGAGGAAUUCCAGAGGAAUGGAUUUGAGCAGCUGUGUGUGAACAUGACCAACGAGCGUGUGAGGCAGUAUGUCUCCGAGGUUCUGUUCCAGCAGGAGCAGGCCGAGUGUCUACAGGAGGCCGUCGCCAUGGAGACACUCCGGUCGCCUGGCAACCAGCCCGCCAUUAUAGACUUCUUCUUCCAGAAGCCUCAAGGUCUGCUGUCUGUGAUGGAUGAGGAGAGUCAGUCGCUGAGGCCUACAGAACAGACCCUCUAUAAGAGACUACAGACACACCUCGACAACUCACCCACUCACGGCAUCUCCCUGACAACCAAGGACGGCAAUGGAAACCCCCCACCCAUAGACCAGGGUCCUGCCUUCACUGUGAAACACUACACAGGCCAAAUGGCCUAUGACCUCACAGGAUCCCUGGUGAAAAACAAGGACUCCCUCCCCCAAAACCUGCUAAUGGUUCUGAAGUCCAGUGAGAGUGUGUUGGUGCAGCAGUUGUUCCAAUCCAAGCUGACCCAGACUGGGUCUCUGGUACCGAGCCAGGCCAGGAUGGCUCUGAGAGGGCCCAAAGCAGCCCUGCUCCUAAACAGGAUGUCAUCCCCCACCACCCUGACCCCUGCAGGCUGCGAGCCUCGGAGGUACCUGGACCUCACCAAGCUCUUGAAGAAGAAGGGAGCAACAUCUUUCCUGCAGAGGCUGGAGAGGUGUGGUCCUGUUACAGUUGCUGUGCAGCUGAGGAACGCUCUGUCAGAGGUGGUCAGUAAGCUACAGUCGUGUACCCCUCACUUUGUGGAGUGUGUGCGUCCCAACAGCAGUGGCACGGCAGACUGCUUUGACAGUUUCCACGUGUCUACCCAGCUGCAGUAUGUAGGGGUGCUGGAGAUGGUCCGGAUGAUCCGCUAUGGCUACCCUGUACGCCUGCCCUUCAACGGCUUCCUCACCAGGUACAGAGACCUAGUGGACACCACUCUAGCUGACAACAAGAAGCUGUCCUCGGAGGAGAAAUGUCGCUUUGUUCUGCAGCAGUGCAAACUCCAAGGAUGGCAGAUGAGCAGUAGAAAGGUGUUUCUGAGGUACUGGCAGGCUGACCAUCUCAACGACCGCUGCCACCAACUACACAGGAAGAUCAUCACCUGCCAGAAAGUGAUCCGUGGUUGGCUUGCCAAGCAGCGUGUGCGUCGUAGACUGUCAUCCCAACAGACGGAGGACUGCAGUGUCCAGAGGUUCCUCCAGGGGGCAGAAGACCAGGGCCUGCACACCUACGACCACCUGGUCAUCCAGAACGCCUCCAACAUCUCCCGCAAAAGCGACCACCAGUGCUGCCAUGGCAAUGGGUCACACGGCAACAGCCCACCCCUUGGGGAGAGGCCCGAGCCAGUUGGGAAAGAGGGGGACACACCCAAGAGGGUUGUGGAGAAGAGCGGGAGAAACCAAGAUGGCUCGGUUAGUGGGGGGAGCCGGACUACCGGCCACUUCCGCUCCAGCUCGGUGCCCAUCCCCCUGGCUAUGGAGAACUUGGUACAUUCCAGCCCUGGCCCAUCCAUCAAAACAGCCCUGCAGCAGGCGGUCUAUAACACUGAGGACGGGGGAGGAGGUGGGGGCCUGGCGUCGCCACGGAAACAACCUCCCCCCAAACCCAAGCGGGACCCCAACACUCGUCUGAGUGCGUCGUACGAGGCGGUCAGUGCCGGACUGACCCUGGGACCCUCGAGAGAGAGUCCCACCCCCGAGAACUAUGGGUCGCCUGCAGGGAGCCCCCCCAAAACACAGCUGUCACCUACGGAUGCUCUGUCCAAGCCGCGGCCCCACAGUGAUGACUACACCACCAUGAGGAAGGUGCCUCCUCCCAAGCCCAAGAGGAGCCCAAACACCAAGCUCACAGGCUCCUACGAAGAGAUCAACGCUGCCGGCAUUAACCUCCUCCAGCUGCGCCCUGCCGAUGUCAAACUGGCCCUACUGUCCCGCGCUGGGGGUCUGGGGGGUCUGGGGGGGUUGAUGCAACGCACAGCGUCUGUGGAUGGCCCACAGGGGGUGACACUGAGCCUGUACCAUGAUGAGGAGGAUGUGUACAUAGAGAUGGUGGGGGCUCAUGCCAGGAGUUACAGUCUGGGAGGGGGCCACCAGGACCCCCCCGACAGCCCCCAGCAGGGAGAUGCCGAGGCCGUCUACGAGGAGAUGAAGUACUUCCUGCCCGAGGAGGUGGGACUUCCGGUGGGACUUCCUGUGCGAGGCGCGGUUGCCGUGGCGACGGCCGCUGGGAAUCUGGAGGUGUUAGGGUUGAUGUUAGGAGGGUUAGGGUUGGGCUUGUCUCCCCCUCAGAGUGGGGAGGGGAAGAGGUCAGCGUUGGGGGGUGUAGCCACCACUAUGGAGGCCCAAACAUCAGCCACCGGAGGGGCCAGCAAUAUCCCUGCACCCUUCCCCAACCUGCUCCCACACCGCCCCCCUCUCCUGGUGUUCCCCCCCUCCCCCGUCACCUGCUCCCCUGCGUCUGACGAGUCGCCCCUCACCCCGCUGGAGGUGAAGAAGCUGCCUGUGUUUGAGACCAACCUGAACUACGUCGGCCCAGACAGCCCCCUCUCCCCCCAGUACUCCCGCCAGCGCGCUGACUCCUCCCCCUCUCUCUCCCUCCUCCUCCCAGACAAGCCCACUCCUCCUCUCACCCCUCCUCCUCCUCUCCCCAACGCCCUGCCUCCCCCCUACCGCCCACCCUCCCACUUCCCUUUCCCCCCAGAGUCCAGCAUCCUCUCCCUUACCCGGGCUGCUUCCGUCACGGGCAGUGGCAGCUCGGACUCUCCCAAACCCUCCUACUCCUCCUCCUCUUCCUCCUCUUCUCAUAGGGCAGGAGGGGAAAAGCCCCCUCCCUACUCUCCGGCCAAGUCCACCCGUCCAGAGCCACGCCGCGCCCACUCCUGCUCCUCCUCGCCCCUGCUGUUCAACCCAGCCAACGGGAGACCCCUGACCAGCCCUCAGCCAGCCCUGGACGAGCUCAACACACUGUUCAGCUCCGGACGCAGCCUGCUCAAGAAGACCACUACAGGACGCAAGAUGAGGGAGGGAGGGUUCAACUCCAACAUCAACCUGCCAGGUAGAGAGGAGCACCCAGGCUCCACCCCCACCUCCUCGUCUCCGCAGCUACAGGACAAGAACGCCAACAACCACGCCCCCCCCUCCCCAAGCCCCACCCCCAUUGAGAACGGCAACCGGCUGUCCAACGGGUCAAUGGAAGAUGAGGGUCACACCAAGUCAAACUCUUCCAGCUCAUCGUCUCUGCACAGGCAUAUGGACAGCCAUCACACUCAGGUGAUCCAGCGUCUGCGUGGGUGUGGGGGGGACGAGGCCGCCGCCCUAGGGGAGUUGCUCCGCUGGCGCAGGACACUGUGUGAGGGGCGGGCCGACUGGAGGCACCAACGGGACGCCAACGGAACACCACAAACCCCACCCACCACGCUGGUCUGGGCCAAUAGGAAGUCUUCUCCAUAGUGGGAGGAUGCCUUUCUAGUCUGCACCCUGCCUCCUGCCCUGCCCUCCUGCCCAUGUCUGUCACCCCAUUCGGCAAAGGACAGGUCAGAGAGAGAGGCAUUUAAUUGGCUAGGACUGCCCAACCCACAAGAGCAUAAACAGAUAAAGCAGGGAGAAAGGGAAUAGCAAUCAGGAUCCAUUUUAUUUUCUCUCUCUCUCUCUCUCUCUCUCUCUCUCUCUCUCUCUCUCUCUCUCUCUCUCUCCGCUGAUAGACUGACUGAUAUCCCCCCAUUUCUCUCUUUCACAUCCGAUAGUGGGCGGGGGGCAGGGGGGCAUGACAGGAUAGGGACUGCAGAGAUUCUGAGAACACAGCCAAAAGGGACCAAGAAGACUGGAGGCCAAGGGACUCUCCUCUAGCUCAGACCCCAGAGAGGGACCCUCAUCAUUGGGCUGAAUGUACCAACACACCCCCCUCCUACUGAACCCAGCCUCCUGCUCUACAAAAACCCAGAGACAAAAAACCAGACAGCUAUUCCAGAUCCAAAGCUCACUCAAGGGUGUUUACUGAACUACUAAAUUACAUUGACCAGCUGAAAUCUACAGACACUAGAUGGAUGUAGGCUAACAGAGGAGAGGACUGUACAUACAAUAGUUGCUAUGUGGAAUGAGGUUUGCCUGUGUGUUUUCUGUCUGUAUUAAAUCUGGUGCAUGUUCUCUCUCUAUCAAAGCCUACCAUGCUGUUACUGCAUACGCAACAUCUCCCAGCCCAAACCCCAAAACAUGGUGCUGAUGUCACUCUGUGUGAUGUUACAUGUGUCAGGUGUGAUAUACAGUUGGAUGAAGCUGCCCCGGCCUAGACACUGAUCUAGGGUCUGUUUUUGUCUUUCCCCUCUGAUGCGCAUGGGGAAGGUAAUUUGAUCCUAGAUCUGUGCCUAUGGGCAGAUCAGAACAUGUGUGUACCCUCCCCUCCAGACAUGUCUGAAGUUUACAAGCGAGCCAAGGCCUUUUAACAUAUCCUCUGUUGAACCUCACUGCUCUGGCUUACAGACCAGUCAUCAUCUCUAUGACCAGGAGGUUUUCCUGACCAUGUGAUCUGACCAGGGAAAACUCCUGUCUCUAGUCUUCUGGACUCCUUCAGGUAUUAGCUACCGCUUUAGCCUCACGCUACUAGGUGCUUCAGGUGCUUCUGUAACCCUGGCAACAAUAGCUCAGAGGUCAGGGAAACCUCAGCGAUAUCCCAUGCUGCACUUGUUUCAUCCCCAGCUAGCCACUAGCCGUUCGCUUUAGCGCAAACUGAAUGGAACAGCCACAACAGUAAAAAAACACUGUAAAGAUAUUACUGACUAGGCAAGACAAUAACAGAGCUGUAUUUUACAACAAUGGCCAUAGUAGCUAGUUCAUGUAGCUAGAACACCUGUGAUCAGAUGGUAUCAAUGUCCUGUAAGGUUUUUACUGGGCUUAGUGCCAUACAACGGGACUCGAGGCCAGUCAACCUCAGCUAUGGCUGAUGUAUUUUACUGAUGUGUUUGUGUAGAGCACACAAACAGACUGAAUAAAGAAGAGUGUACAUGACCAACGCACAACUAUCUCUCGCAGUCCCUCAAUGAACUACUUAUCUAGAUUUCUUCUUCAAACAUCUCAGAGAAAUAAGCUCUAAACCACAAUGGUACUUUCUUCAUAUUAGUGUCCCAUAGGCACCUGAAUUAUUUGAUAUGUUCUAUCUUGUGUAAAUCAAUGUUAGGAGCCUAUACACUUUUCUGUAGAAUUCAAGGAUGCAACUCGAGCACAACUGAGUUCUCAUGUAAAGCUACCCCAUCCUACUCAAUCCCUCUCUUUAUUUCCCUCCCAACCCCUCCAAUAUCCCAAUACCCCCUCCAAGAUGCUGUAGGGGUCAGAGGGAGUUGCCAGGGUAAUCUCCCUGUAAAUAAUGGCCUAUGUUUAAUGUUCAAAUUGUUUAAUUUACUAUAGCAGAAUAGCACAGAAAUGGGAAGAUGAAUAGGGAACUGGAGAAUUGUCUAUAUGGCAGAUGGAGAAUUAUAUGAAUGUCUUGGGUUUAAUGCAAUGACUGAGGCAAAGAGAAGAGGUUUAUUUUAUAAUGUGAACACCUUUUUUGCAGAAUGAUUCUCUACUAAUAUGAAACUUCUUUAUACUGUAUUUAUUGAGUUUGUUUGUUUGUUUCCCUGCAACACCAUUGUAAGACUGUCAAUAUUCCAGUGAAGAAAGACUGAUGUUUCCAUUAUUUGUCUGAUGGUUGUUUGGAUGUUAAAUUGCACAAUAUUGAUGUGUGGUGUUGUGUCCACAUUGUAAAGGAGUAGCUGGAAGUUGCCCCUAACCACUGAUAUAGGAUCAGAUAUUUUAACAUCCCCCUAAUGGUUACGGUUAUGAUUGGAGGAGGGUAAUCUGAUCCUAGAUCUGUGCUAAGGGGCUACACUGGCCAUGGUAAAUUGGAUGAGUGUGCCUCUGCAAGCUGAUGUAUCUUAGAAGAUUGGUUUGACUGUAAAAGCCAGGAAGUAUCAAUAGCGCUGAUUGAUUUCUCAUUUACACUGAUCACCCUCCAACAGUCUGAUUGAUCCUGUAUUAGGAAUUAGCAACGCCAUCACAAGCGCGUCCUUGGUUGUUGAUUGAGCCGUGUGUGUGCGUAUGAGUGUGUGUGAGUGUGAUAAGAAACACUAAAUGUUCUACAGAAAUUGGGCAAAAACCACAUCAAACAUUGAGCCACUCAACCAAACCUUCUGAACACCCAAGCUCUGCAUUUGACUGACUGACAGUGUGAAUGUAUAGAUGGAACCGUCCAAACUGCUAACGACAAUGGAAUACAGUACUUCAAAGUGAUAGCGUUAAGGUAUCAUGUCUAUACAGUGAGGGAAAACAUAAUUUGAUCCCCUGCUGAUUUUGUACGUUUGCCCACUGACAAAGAAAU